GAAAAAGUUAGAUGCUUGGGUGUGAAGUCAUUUCUGUCUUAGACUCGCAAUAUUGGUUGAUUGGGGAUGUAUGCUGGCUGGACAAAAGGAGAUCAAAAUGGUGCUGUUUACCUUAACUCUCGUCCGACAUGGUGAAACAGUUGCCAACAGAAGAAGUAUUAUCCAAGGACAACAGGAUACUCCCUUGUCAGAGACGGGAGAACAACAGGCACGCCUUGUUGGUGGAAGGUUGAAGGACGAGAGCUUCACCCAUGUUUUCACAAGUGACCUCAGCAGAGCGGCUAAGACUGCUCAGGUGAUUGUGGAGUCAAAUCGAGUCAGCCGUUGUGAGUUGGUGUAUGAUCCUCGUCUCAGGGAAAGGAAAUUUGGAAAUGUGGAAGGGAAAACGUACAAAGAUUUGGUUGCAGCUGCAAGGAAGAGUAACACUGCACCUGCAGAUUUCAACCCUAAAGGAUCUGAAAACAUUAAACAGCUGAGAGACAGGGCUGUUUCGUUCUUCAAGGACCUAUGUGAAAAGUUGAAGAGCUAUAGUGCUACAGAAGAAGCAGACUAUGUGCCCGGUUCAAUCAAGCGUCGCAUCGAGUCCGAGGCAGAGAGCUGCGCCGCGAGGGAGUCUGCAAGUCACCCGGCUCGUCUACUCCACCCAACCUCUACCUACGCCCCCAUGAACAAAGUGGUGAGCCCCUCAGGGCUGAUGGAAGAUGACAUUGAGGAGAGUCAGGUGAAACGGCCGCGCCACACCAGCGCGGACAUGGACAGUGACGCGGGGGAGACCAUGUUCCCCAUGGAGAUGUCACGAGCUGGUGCGCAGGCAGGGGAAGGCCAGGCUGACACAUCCAGUCACUCCGAUACGUCUCAGUCAGUGAUCGCGCGCUCUAACUCCAGUAGUUCCUCCGGCUACGCAAGUCUCCCUGAGAAUCCUGAACUGCAGGACUGUGAUCUGGAGCAGCUGUCCCCAGGCAGUGAGCGUGAACAGGCUGCAGCUGCAGCUGCAGCCGCCUCAAGGGAGAGUACUCCAUGUGAUAUUGACUCCCUCUUUCACCCAAUUGUGGCAAGUGAUGCAGAAAUCAAAAGUCAAGUUUCGCCAAAGUCCCGUGACGUGGCCAGGCAUGACUGUCCAAAUGUGUCGUUAUCUCCCUUGCUAGAACACAGGCUGUCCAGCAUAUCCAGUAUUAGCUCCGGUCGCAACAGUAGCUUUGACGAUGGGGACGGGCUGGCGUUGUCAGCAGCCGAUGUUCUGGUUGUCAGUCACGGCGGCUUCAUGAAAGAACUGAUCCGCCAUUUCAUAGAGGACCUGGGCUGUAAGGUGCCCGGGGGCAAAGGUCACGCAUUACGGGUGUCACCCAACACGGGUCUGUCCAAGUUCACAGUGACCGCCGAGGAAGACAACGGCCGUCCUGUGAUCACUUGCCUGGUCAUUCAUGACAAAGAUCACCUCCUAAAUAUGAUGGUUCCUCAGGAAGAUUUAGCUAUUUAACGACUGCUAUUUUGUUUAGCCUUGUGGACAUGCAUAAGUUGCAGCCAUUGCCUUGUGUAGAUUGUGUCUGCCUGUUUCAUUCUGCAUGCUGUAUGUUGUAGGUAUGUUUGAAUUACCUCCCCUGAUAUCCUCACUCGGGAUGAUAUAUGACCAGUUUCAAACUGGGAUUUUGUACGGAUCUGUUCAGCUGUGUUUUAGCAGACUAUGAUCUGAAAAGAUUAAUACCCAUUUCAGCUUAUGGUUUACAUAUGCAUGAUUUCUCCUCACAGCCAGUGUUAACACAUAACAGAGUAUAAAUUCUGGGAUUGUUUCCACAUCAGUGUGUGUGCUUUGGUGAGAGUCCUUACCUACGCCGCCGCC